UGUUUGAAGAGUCCUCUCAGAUGUAACAAAGCAAGCAGACGAACAUCAAAACUUCAGAUGGCAUCUCCAGAAAGAGCUUUGAUAGACGAUAUCCACGGGGAUCCCGAGCAACUAAACCAAACUUUGCAAUCAAAAAAAGAUUCACGAUAUAGUUGGUUUGUCUGUGCUUGUGGAUUUGUUAUGCAGGUUUUCAUUCUCGGGAUCCAUCAUGCUUUUGGGGUAUUCUUUGUUGAGUUUGUCAAAGAAUUCAAGGUUUCAAAAUCUCAAGCAGCAUGGGUUGGCUCCGUAGCGUAUGGCCUAUCCAUGACGUUCGGACCUGUGGUCGCAAUCAUGUUAAAGCGAUGGGGCAACAGGAGAGUCAUGAUGGCUGGUGCAUGCAUUUGUGCAAUCUCUGUCCUUGCAUCAUCGUUCGUGGUUCGUCUAACACAACUCUUUGGUACUUUCUCAUUCCUGUAUGGAAUCGGCACUUGUAUGUGUACUCAGCCGACCAUGACCAUUGGCCCUACAUACUUUGACAAGCACCUGUCUGUAGCAAUCGGUCUCAUGACUGCUGGAAGUAGUGUGGGCACGUUGGUUAUGGCACCACUGUCUCAGUGUCUCAUAGACAAUAUUGGAUGGAGGAACACUUUCCGCGUCUUCACGGGAUCCUGUUUGUGCUGUGCUUUAUGUGGCGCUUUUAUUGUGCCCCUGGACGAAGACACAAAAAGACAGGCAAUGACAUCAGAGAGCGUGGAUAUGUCUGCGUUUCGUCGCGUGCUAAAGGAGCUGAGGCUGUGGAAGAACAGAGUGUUUAUCGUGUGGACGCUUGCAAUUACAUCAGUAAUGUUUGGUUUCUACAUCCCAUACGUACACCUGGUAUCCUAUGCUGAAGAUAUUGGAAUCCCCCCAGAGCGAGGCUCUAUCUUCGUCAUGUUACUAGGCGCAUCAACUGCAAUAGGAAGGAUAAGUUUCGGCAAGAUUGUGCAGCUUGGCUUUCUCAACCGUAUACAUAUGCACCAAAUAUCCAUGGUGAUCACGGGCACGGGGGUGAUGCUCCUUCCGAUGAUCAAAACAUUUUCGGGCAUUGCAGUAUAUGUCAUCGUCGUCGGACUGGUGGACGGAUGUUACGUCGUGCUUCUUCCAGUCCUCACAACUUCAUUGAUGGGAGCAGAGAACACUGUUAUUGCUUGGUGCUUCCUCGUGGGAACAAGUUCUAUCACCUUCACUCUUGGACCGCCAGUAGCAGGAGCUUUAUAUGACGCACUUGGAUCAUACGAUGUUGCGUUCCACUGUGCAGGAAUUCCUGUCAUAGGGGGCGCUGUGAUAUUGUUUUUCAUACCAUGGGCUCAACGUACCAACACGGUGUUCGAUAUCCCACCUCAUACCAUCAGUGAAUGUGCCCUGAAUGAGUACGACUUCAUAGAUGAUCUUCUGUACGGACCACGUGACACACUACCGGUAUCGUCGUCAUGUACACUCAACUCCGGCUCCAUAGUGAGGGAGUCUAGUGUCUCUCUUCGGAUGACGACUCCAAGUCGAGGAAUAAAGUCGAGCAUGCGCAGUAGGGCCAAAUCGUAUAGGGACCAGAGCACAGCUACUUCUCCCGGAUCAGUCAGCCUCGUUCCCGUGGACGUACAGAACGCAUUGGAGCAGCUGGAGAAAACAAGACAGAUGCUUGAGCGGGUCCUCAGCAAAGACCGCGAGGAAACCAGUAAGCGUUCUGUGAGCGAGCUAGUACAGACACAAACCCGACGAGAACAUACCCUGACUAACGCCAUGAGCAUCAUGUCUGUGCCAGUGGGGCUACACAUGUCCUGUUCUAGGUGUCGGCCAUAUACGCAGGAUCAACACGUUGAAGGGACCCCAGGGGAGUGUGGUCGGGACUAUCGUGACUUGGUGUCACCAACCUCCCCGACCCAGUUGUCAAUGGGAUCAUCCUUCCAGUCCCGGAAUCUCUCCGACUACCAGGAAAACACGGACACUUUAUGUGCGAUAGGUGGGUACCAUGCGACAGGUUAUCUCUCCCCGGAAAGGAAGACGACAAUUCUAUGCCCCGGCCGCUCCACGUGUUCCUUUCAACAAAGUCAUUCUAUACAGGAGCGGCCAUGCACUCACACAGCUUGUACUGACAAAGGUGAAGGACCAGAAUUUGAUAGAGUUGUACAUAGUCAGAUAGAGAACCUGCGGGAAACUUUACUGAGUCCUUCCAAAAUUCCUUCAUUUGAAGAAAACAAGGAGGACGAUCUCCAAAAGGACUCCUCAAGUGAUUUUCAGCUCAUCGAUCAGAGCGACCUGGAGCCCGUUGCAGGAUCAGUUUACUCUCUAGACGCACCCUCUCACAAGAGGGAAAGUAUCCAUAAGCUUUGUUCGCCUAAGCUAGAGGUUAUUGAAGAAGUUCCCGUGAAUAUCACUCAAGCAGAUAACACAGUAGGUAACGCAGAACUUUCCUCCGAGGCUGUAGAAACCUGGCUCAGAAACUCGCCCAAUUGUACUCAGGUUAGGAUCCCUUUAGAUGGCGAGAGCUGUCUGUCGGACAACGACAGCUCCCCAAAUACUGAUGUCACUGUGCACGAAACCGCGUCCAACAGGUCAAGUCCUGGCGGCGAGAUCGACGUGUUCACACACCUAUUUGAUGACGAUGAUGACAACACCAUUUGAAACAACAGCAGAAAUCAAAGUUGUAUCUACCGAAUGAAGAAAUUAUUUGGAUUUCAGCUUAUUGGCAAUACACACUGCCGGGAUAUUUCAACGGGUGGUCAGAAAAUUAUCAAAGCUGGACGUAAAUAUGCGUGAGGAAUCAAGUGGCCAACGUGUCAGAUUAUGUGUCAUAAUGUGGAGUCAGAUUAUGUGUCAUAAUGUGGUUGUAUGUAGGAUGUGCACAGCGUCAAGACCAAUUUACCUGUGCAUAAGGAUUACAACAUGAUUAUAGGACACACUGAUUAUUUUGCAAAGGAUAAAUGUCGUUUGACGUGUACACUCUGGCUUGACCAAUCGUAAUUGGUGUGCAGUAGGUCUUCAGUUUCAGACAUAUUUUGUGUGUGGAAAAUUUCUAGUGGUCAAAUAUUGCCACAACAUAUGUGAAACAAUUUUGUGUCUACAAAGUUACAGUAUUUUGAGAAAAGAUUUCCAAAAGUUCUAUACUCUCGGUUUUUAUAGGGUAUAACAGUAUGAAGUUUCCAAUAUCGCUGCACUGUCCGGACAAAGGUUUAAGUCAAGUAAAAUAUUCCCAGAUUCGAAUGUAAACGAAGGACCUAUUUAAUAUAGCCUUCCUGAUUCGACUGCAACGGUGUACACUUGUCCGAUAUUAUUAUUGAUUCGGCUGAAACGGUCUACAUUGUUCUUAUAUAAUCGGACUUGAUGCGACGGAAACGGUCCAGAAUCGGACUUGAUUCAUAGAUGUAAAGUUCUUUGAUGGUCUAAUAUUUCCAAUUUCCAUGGAACAGGGUUUCGGUGUAGGGCAACACUUAGCUACGAUAUCACUGUACUUGACCCGUCUGUAUGCGAUCUAUGACAUGUCAGUAUCACCAAACUGCACUCAAGAAUGAACGGACAAUAGUGGCGCAAUGCUGGUACACCUUCUUGACCAGGUUCGACUCGUGUGUAUGCGGUCUCUGAAGUUAUACCGGAGUACAACGUACGGUAUGAUGGUGUGAUAUCACCGGGCUAAUUCGCGUGCAAUACUCUCAUCACGAUUCAGCUAUUGAAGCUAUUUUCACGCCACACGUGUAGGAGUUAGCUAUAGCAGUAUAUAAUAUAGGUUUUCAAACAAUAAACAACACUUUUAUGAUCGGAAGAU